AUGAAACUAUGGAGAAUCCAAACAUUAUUUCUCUUGCUUCUGUGUGUCAGUGUUUUGCCAACCUGUUGGUGUGCUCAUGGGAAAUACGCUCAGAAGCUCCUGAAUGAUUUAUUCACCAACUAUACUAGUGCGUUGAGGCCUGUGGAGGACACAAACAACAUACUGAAUGUGACCCUGCAAGUGACACUGUCACAAAUUAUCGACAUGGAUGAGCGAAACCAAAUUUUGACAGCAUAUUUAUGGAUACGGCAAGUGUGGGUUGAUGCAUACCUCAAAUGGAAUAAAGAUGAAUACGAUGGACUUGAUACCAUCCGCAUACCUAGUAGUUAUGUAUGGAGACCUGAUAUAGUCCUAUAUAACAAUGCUGAUGACCAUUUCACUGGCCCCAUGGACACCAAUGUGGUGAUCCGACAUGACGGCCAGAUAAUGUGGGAUUCCCCAGCUAUCACCAAGAGCUCCUGCAAAGUAGACGUGUCCUUCUUCCCCUUUGAUGCUCAGCAGUGCAGGUUCACAUACGGCUCCUGGACCUACAACGGUAACCAGCUGGACAUCCUGAACGCCAUGGAGAGCGCUGACCUGGCUGACCUGGUGGACAAUGUGGAGUGGGAGGUGCAGGGUAUGCCAGCUAAGAAGAACAUUAUUCAGUAUGGCUGCUGCGCUGACCCUUACCCUGAUGUGACCUACACACUGAAACUGAAGAGAAGAGCUUCCUUUUAUGUCUUCAACCUGCUUAUACCAUGUGUGAUGAUCUCUUUCCUGGCUCCGUUGGGCUUCUACCUGCCUGCUGACUCUGGAGAGAAGGUGUCUUUGGGCGUCACUGUGAUGCUGGCGCUCACGGUCUUUCAGCUGUUGGUUGCAGAGAUUAUGCCACCUUCUGAGAACGUGCCACUUAUUGGAAAAUAUUACAUUGCGACGAUGACAAUGAUCACAGCUUCCACUGCCCUGACCAUCUUUAUCAUGAACAUACACCACUGUGGCCCGGAUGCCAAGCCUGUUCCCAAGUGGGCCAAGAAAGUCAUUCUGCAGCACAUGGCCAGAAUGUGUUUUGUUUAUGAAGUUGGGGAGAACUGCAUGUCGCCACAGUUGGAGAAACAGGAACCUCAACUUCCGAAGAACACCAACUGCACCAUGAAUGGUCAGGCAGGACCAUGCAGGGAAAUGGACAGAGGACAAGACACAGUGGGCCCCAUGAACGCAGAGGAAAGGGAGGACGUUGAUCAGAUGAUGAGUCCGAUAGGCUCGAUGGGGAAGAACCCUACCAACCAAUACAGUACUUGGAAGAAUGGCAUGUUCAUGAGCAUGGACUGUGGAGAUUCAGGGAGUCAGAGGAGAUGCAGGAAGGGAGGUGUGAGUGAUGGAGAGAGAAAAGACAGAGAGAUCUCCUGCACCCAAAGCAAUGAGAAGCAGCUGCUGCGUAACAUUGAGUACAUAGCCAACUGUUACAGAGAUCAGAGGGCCACUCAGAAAAGGACUGGGGAGUGGAAGAAAGUAGCCAAAGUUUUAGACCGCUUCUUUAUGUGGAUAUUUUUUAUAAUGGUGUUUCUCAUGAGCCUUCUCAUCAUGGGCAAAGUCAUCUAACUGCAGAACUGAGAAGUGUGUUUUAAGUGUUAAUUUGUGUAUAUAAGAGAGAGAUUAUUACAGUUUAGCACAGGAUUCAUGAAGCACUACA